GUUGCAAAAGCCUCUUGUUACAUCUGAUCACCUGUCGAAAAGGGGGUCUCCAACGCGUACUGACAUUUUGACUUUGACACAUUUCUUAGCACCAACAAACAGCGUUAAUAUGGCUGCUAAGCUGUUCUUGGUGUUUCUUGGAUUAGGCAUGUUCUUUGUGGCUCUCGGCCUCUAUCUUCGGCGCAUUAACCGUCUCUUGAAAGAGACGCCUCCUCAGGUUGGACAACUUAGAGGCAAGCCUUGGACGCCAGAACUACUGAGACAUACCUACGAAGUUCUUGAGAAGUCUCCAAUUAACUUUGAUGGGCGUUUACCUCCAAAGCUCAACAGACGAUACAUUGUCACCGGAGGCAACGGGCUCGUAGGCGGAUACAUAGUUCUCCAGUUGUUGGCUCGUGGGACACUGCCUAGGUGUAUUCGAAUUGUUGAUGUUCGACAGACUGAGCGAGGUGAUCUUCGGGAAGGUCUAGCUGCCCAAGUGGACUAUGUGCAGACAGACAUUACCUCCAAGGCUGCUGUUAGCGAUGCUUUCUCUAAGCCGUGGGAUCCGAAAAUAGCAUCUUUACCACUCACUGUCUUCCAUACAGCUGCUGUCAUCAUACCUGGAGCCAGGUCCAAGUAUCUCUACAAGUUUACUGAAUCUGUCAAUGUACAAGGAACCAAGAAUGUCUUGGCUGCUUCUCGUGCAGUCGGCGCCGAUAUCUUCAGCUCAACAUCAUCAGCUUCAAUAUCCAUCCGACCCGUCGAAGCCUUUGUAGCACCAUGGGCAGAGCCGAAGCACUAUUGGCAGGUCAUGGAUACACAGGACUUCGAUAAGCCAUUACGAGAACAUGAGGAAUACUUUGCCAACUACGCUGUUUCGAAGGCCAUCGCAGAACGCCUCGUAUGUGCUGAGAAUGAACCCUCUUUUCGUACAGGAUGUAUUCGACCUGGGAACGGUAUCUACGGACAUCCCUCCGAUAAUCCCAUCGGAAAUCUUCUGGCUAGGGAUGUCAAUCAAACCUGGGUCCCGCAUAUCGUACAGAAUUUCGUUCAUGGCGCUAACGUAGCUGUCGCGCAUUUAUAUCAUGAAGCUGCACUAGCGAAAGAAAAUUGCACCCAAGCUGGUAAGCCGUUCGUGGUCACAGAUGUUGGUCCACCAAUCACUUUCGGAGACGUUUAUACUGCCGUGGAAGUCUUAUCUAUUCACCCCUUUCGAAAUGUUAUCGUGCCGCCUUUGAUCAUCCCUUUGAUGACCCAUAUCGUCGAAUGGUUCAUCCUACUUCCUCAUCGCCUCCCAUUCCUCAAAGGAAUACUCCCAGAGGUCAAAGGUGAUCUCAGAACAGUUCAGCCCGGGCUCAUCACAAUAUGCACUCAUUUGGUAGCAUCUGAUACUGAGGCUAGGCAGCCUAUCUCUGAGGGCGGACUAGGGUACAAGGGACUUUUCACGACAUUGGAAGGGGUUGUCUCGGUCAUCAUGGACUGGAACCGAGAACAUGCAGGCGAGCAGACCAGAGAAGGAAAGAAGAUCUAUCAAGGUUCGUUGCGACUGGCCGAGAUGUUGGAAGAGGCUGGAUCGUCUGUUCCUCUCUAGGACGACUCCCUUCUGUGGAGAGUAAGUUGUCCCAGCAUGACCUCAGCUGAUUAAAUAAAUUCUCAAGCUCUGUAUAAAGCAAUAGUAUUAUCAAGAGGAAUCCCGCUCAGAUUAUAAAG